AUGAAGGGCUUAAUUUUCACUCUGUUUCUGUUGUCUGUCCUAUUUGCCAUCUCGGAAGCGAGGAGCAGGGAGUCUGUGCGGCUCUGCGGGCUAGAAUACGUAAGAACGGUCGUUUACAUCUGUGCUAGCUCUCGGUGGAGAAGGCACCUGGAGGGGAUCCCUCAAGUUCAGCAAGCUGAGAGAGGAAACUCCUUCCAGCUCCCAAAUAAAUACGAGGUUUCUGAGGAAAACACGGCACAAAACCUUCCGCUGGUGGAUGCCUCAGGGGAGGACCGUCUUCAGGAUGGACAGAUCCCCACUGAAGGGCUUUGGGAGUCAAAGAUCCGAAAGUCAGUGAUGUCCAGACAAGAUUUACAAACUUUGUGCUGCACUAAAGGCUGUUCCAUGACUGAUCUGAGUGCUCUUUGUUAAGGCAAGAGCAAACAGCCAAUGGGUGGCAGAGCUUUAGCACACGUUUAAUCACAGUGCUUACUGCCUGGUAUAACACUUACAUUGUGUUAUUAAAAUGAUGGCUUUUAGGUAGGCAAUCCUUCUUUUCUAAAAGGUGGGGAUGAAUGGCUAAAACCAUUCAAAAUAGACAGUGAAAUCUAUUUUCCCCCUUUGCCAAGGUGAAUGCUCUGUUCUUUUCAAAUUUCAACUAAUGCUUUGAAAUUUCAAAUGCUGUGCAAAAUUGCAAUAAAAAUGCUACAAACCAA